UCGAAACUUCCUUCCAGCUUGCUGUCAUCGGGUAUAGGACUGUUAGCUUGACUGUCCUUACAGAAAGCUUUCUUAAAGUUUGUGUAAAACUAGUGUUUAAAUUACGCCUCAGACUCGAUAGUCUUGGUGUAAAUGUCGCUUCUAAGUGUUUGUUUUUACCCGCUGUGAUUAUUUCUAGCGGCAGUUUGCUGUACAGAGUAUAAUUAGCCUUGUGUGAGCGGACUCCGUUAGCCUCCGUGGAGCUAAAGCAGCUAACAGCAGAGACUUUAUCACAGUUUCCGAUGUUGAAGCCUUGAAAUGUUCACAUUCUGAGUUUGAGAGACUGCGAGAAAAACCACAUCGUCUGUGAACACCUCCUGUACGUCUUGUUGUUCAGCUGAGGACCGAGAGACUGGACCUUAUUGGACUCAGAACCUCUACCCAAGAUGCUGAUUUGUCUGUGAUUCCAGCAGAAAAACGGCAUAUCCAGAUUAUAUGCCUGAAGCCUUAACCUACUAGAACAUGUGAAGCUUGCAAACAAAGAUCGUGGAAAGGGGAAUCCCAAGUGGAUCGAGGAUGAGUGAGAUGAUGAAGGUUGUAGCAGAAGACCCCGGUGGGUUCAUUGUGGUGCCUUCAAUAUCUGCAGCAUCCACAUCAGAACUGGAGCAGACCCGGGACAGCAAAGACCUCAUCCGUCAGAUGAUGGUGUUCAAAGAAGAGGUUCCCCAUGACUGGAACCCCAAUUUGGACCAGCAGGGCCCAGAGCCUCCCCACAUAAAGGAGGAAGAGGAGGAACUAUGGAUUCGUCAGGAGGGAGAGCAGUUUACUGUGAAUAAUGAAGAUGAAGAGAAACCUCAGUUAUCAGAACUUCAUCAAAUCACAAUCAAAGAUGGAAGAAAGAUAGAACCUGGAGGAGAGGAUUGUGGAAGACCAGAAUCAGGCAGCAAAGAUGAUCUGCAAGGUUAUUCACAGCAAAGUAAGGCGAUGAUGAAUAAAAGAGCUAUGAGAUCUAAACUGUGUUCCACCUCUCAGGUUAGUGUCCACACAGGAGAUAAACCAUUUGGUUGCAACAUUUGUGGCAAAAGAUUCAGACAUAAGACUUAUGUUAAACUACACAUGAUGAUUCACACUGGAAUAAGAGAACAUAGCUGUGGUUUUUGUGGUAAAGGCUUUAAAGAAAAACGUUGCCUUCAGACACAUAUAAGACUCCACACUGGAGAGAAACCAUUUGCCUGUGACGAUUGUGGUAGAAGGUUCCAUGCAAAGACGAGUCUGAAGAGUCACCUGGAGGUCCAUUCUGGAGAAAAUCCUUUUUCUUGUGAUGUUUGUGGUACAAGAUUUAAAAGAAAUGGAAAUCUUAAAAAGCACAUGAGGACCCACACUGCAGAGAGGCCUUUUGUUUGUAGUAUUUGUAGUAAAGGAUUUUCACAACAAAUUCAUCUGAAGAGCCACAUGAGUGUUCACACAGGAGAGAAACCGUUCAUCUGUAGGGUUUGCAGUAAAGAAUUUUCACGACAGGGGAAUCUAAAGAGGCACAUGUGUGUUCACACAGGACAGAAACCAUUUAUUUGUGGUGUUUGCAGUAAAGGAUUUUCAAAGCAAAAUUAUCUCAAAAACCACAUGGAGGUUCACACAGCGCCGUUUAGCUGCAGUGAUUGCGGUAAAUGUUUUGUGGAGGAAACACAGUUAAGGCAACAUAUGAGACUUCACACAGAGGAGAGGCCGUUUGGCUGCGAUGUCUGUAAAAUCAGGUUUAACAAAAAAUAUAAUCUUAAAAGUCACAUGAGACUCCAUUUGGGAGAGAAACCAUUUGUCUGUGGAGUUUGCAGAAAGGCAUUUUCACGACAUGGAGAUCUGAAAAAACAUAUGUGUGUUCAUGAUAGCUACAACUAAAGAUUAUUUUUGUUUAACUCAUCUGACAGUACUUUUUUGAUAAGUCAGUGAUUAUUAACCAUCUCUUAUUUCUGUGGGCACAAUUUCAUUUCUCGGUGCUGUUGAAUGUUUUACUCUCUUUUGUCAAUGUUGUACAACUGAAUUUCACUAUAAUAAAUCAACAUUGUCAUAAAUUACCGCAGUCAGCUAAAAUAAUUACUUAUGAAAUAAUAUUUGGAUUAUAAUGUUUCUUUUUUAAUCAUGAGUAGGGUCAUGCUGGUGUGAUCGGAUCACAAGACGUGCCGUAACAACAAAAAGUGGACCACUGGAGUGCUAUUCAAAAUCACAGAAUUUAGACUCUCUGUGUUUGUUAAAUGUUGCUGCAUCUUGUAAAACUAGAGAUAUGAUCAAAAUUAUCCAAGUGGGGGUGCAUCGACGCAACCCAUAUACGGAGGCUUUAGUCCUCGACGUGGCAGUCCCGGGUUCGAGGCCUGGCCCCGGCGACGUUUGCCGCAUGUCUUCCCCUCUCUGUCCGCCCCCAUUUCCUGUCUAGCUACUGUCAGAAAAAAUACCACGAACAAUAAAGUGUAAAAGAUCAGAUGUGUAGGGCCUCGCUACCUAUCAAGCUAAGAAUUCAUGGGGAGGUUUUUAGCUUAAUUUUCCCUUUUAUCUGAACACCUGCAUACAUGAGGAAAAUGUUCUUGCUGUUUUACUUUGGGUUAUAUUUUAGGUUUAUUUGUUUUGAAUAGUCAACAAAAUGAACAAAGAAACUGUUUAAAUAUACAGGUUUUCAUGGGAAAUGGUUUUAUAUUUUCAUGUUUUACUGUAUUUUAAUUUGACCUUUACAUGUUCAUAUUUGAAGCCUUUGUUUACGUUUUCAUGUUCAAAAACUUCUUUUUUGAGGUUUUUACUGCAGUUUGGUAUGGAGGACCGAUCCUGACAAAAUUAAAAAUAAAAGCAGAAAUAUA